GCAGAAGAAUACCCAAUUUUUAGAAAUCGUUCAUUUAUGGCGGAGCGCGCGCAGAGCAGGUGGCUCUGCCGCCAUCAACUUGGAAUACUGCGGAGUCUUCGUUUAAAAAACCAAGGAUCAUAAGUCUUCUGAUGACUGGAAGCACUGUCCGUCGUGAGUGAGGACCAGUCCAUAUUUGAGCCAUCCUUCACUGCGCCACAGGCGGUUCACAUGAAGGGGGAGAUUACAUCACACGGGGUGUUCCGACAGGGCUCAGAGGAGAGCCCCGAGCCCACUGAACCGGACUGGGCAGGAUCUGGAGCACAGAACCCAGCUAAGAGGACAGAGCAUGUAAACGGAACCAGCCGAGAGUCCCCUGUCGACUGCAGCGUGACAAAAAGGGCAAGACACAUGAGCAAUGGUGAUGGGAGUCAGCUGGCCUAUCAGGCCUCAUACCCGGAGCCUCGCACCAGCCCCCAGACAGCCACCCCACCCAGCACUGCCACAGAGGAGAAGAGGGUCAUUGUACCAGCAGACCCAGAGGUGUGGAGUCAGGACCAUGUGCGGCAGUGGUUGGACUGGGCCAUUAAAGAAUAUGGCCUUUUGGAAGUGGAUGUGUCUCUCUUCCAGACACUGGAUGGCAAAGCGCUCUGCAAAAUGACCAAAGAAGACAUGAUGCGUCUCACCUCUGCUUACAACACAGACAUCCUGCUCUCACACCUCAAUUACCUUCGCCAGAGUAGCCCUACUUUCUCAUACUCCACAACUCCUACUACUACACAGCCGCAGCCAAGACUACAGGUCAAAGCAGAGAACAGCUUUGAUGAGAUCAGCAGAAGGAACAGCUGGUCAUCGAAUGCCAUGCCCGCUGUUCAAAAAGGUUCUCCAGUUGAGCAUCAGCACAGCAACAGAAUUACAGAGCCUGCACCAAGACUUGCCCAAGAUCCGUACCAAACAUUAGGGCCCUUAAGCAGCCGUCUUGCCAAUCCAGGUUCUGGUCAGAUUCAGUUGUGGCAGUUCUUGCUGGAGCUUCUGUCUGACAGCAGUAAUGCGGCCAUCAUAACCUGGGAAGGCACCAACGGUGAAUUUAAGAUGACGGAUCCGGAUGAGGUGGCCAAGCGCUGGGGUGAACGCAAGAGUAAACCCAACAUGAACUACGACAAGUUGAGCCGCGCGUUACGCUACUACUAUGAUAAGAACAUCAUGACCAAGGUGCACGGCAAGCGCUACGCAUACAAGUUUGAUUUCCAGGGUAUCUCCCAGGCCCACCAGAACCAUCCGACAGAGAGCGGUGUGCUCAAGUAUCAGUCGGACGUGCCCUUUGUGCAAACCUACCACAGCCACCAGCCCAAAAUGAACUUUAUGGGCACCCACACUGCCACUAUGCCAGUCUCCUCUGGGAACUUUUUUGCCGCACCCUCAACUUACUGGAACUCGCCUACUGGUGUCGUGUAUCCAAGCUCACCUAUGCCCAGGCACCCGGGUACCCAUGCCCAUCUGAAUGCUUACUACUAAAGCUAGCAUU